AUGGCAGCCCACCAGGGUCCUCUGGCUCACGAGCCCCAUGAUGACCUCGAGGUCAAGCAUGAUGCCGCACUUUAUGGCCAGUCUGGGCGUCACCGGGUUCGGCGCCGGCUUCGGCCAGAUGGCCACGUAUGUCGUGCUGGAACUCAUGACAGCAAGUACAGCCACCUCGGCAUCUAUCUGUCGGACGACUUCGUCUUUGCCAUCGUGAUCAUUGGGCCCAUUGUCGGCCGGUACGCCAUCGACGCCGGCGAGAGGAACUGGCAGUAUGUAUGUUGGGCUGGCUUCGUCCUCCAGUUCAUCACCAAGUGCGGCUCCAUGUGGAUGUAUCACCCACCAAAGCACCCGCGUGGCGUGCCGUGGGCAGAGGCGCUCAGGGGCGUCAACUAUGUGGGCGCUGCCUUGGUCGUGCCCGGCACACGCCUGACACUCGUCGGCACCAUCAACACGACAUCCCGCUUUCACCCUCUGCUGUUUCCCAGGCCAUUGACACACUCCGCUAAAAGCGGGUCUCCUUCCGCUCUCCGCUCCGUGCUUCGGAAUGCCUCUCGAGACUCCCACGACAUCAUCCUCCACCUCCACGACGACGACAAACACACCUCGUUCCGUCCCCCAUUGCACAUCUUCACGGACAGACCAAGACUUCUCCACCCUCAAUUCACCUUCCAGACAAGCCUCAGCUCGCACACGCACUCUCCUUCACCCACCUCCCCCAGCUACCCCUCAUCAACCAUCCCCGCCAUGUCUGAGCUCAAGGUUGGCGAUACCUUCCCCGAGGGCGUGUCCUUCAGCUACGCGCCUCUCACGCCCGAGAACAGCGAGAUCACCGCCUGCGGCAUCCCCCAGAAGUUCGAUGCCAGCAAGGAGUUCAAGAACAAAAAGGUCGUCCUCGUCUCCGUCCCCGGUGCCUUCACCCCGACCUGCCAGGUCUCCCACGUCCCCUCCUACAUCAAGAACGCCGACGCGCUCAAGGCCAAGGGCAUUGACCAGGUCGUCUUCAUUGCCUUCAACGACGCCUGGGUCAUGUCCGCCUGGGGCAAGGCCAACAACAUCAAGGAUGACUUUAUUAUCUUUGCCUCGGAUACCGGAGCUGCCUUCAGCAAGAGUAUUGGCUGGACCGCCGGCGAGCGCACCGCCCGCUACGCCCUUGUGAUCGACCAUGGCAAGGUCGUCUACGCCGCCAAGGAGGCUGGCGGUGGCAUUGACGUCUCUGGUGCCGAGGGUGUUCUUGCCAAGCUGUAA